UUGAGCUCGGCGCGGUGGUCGCUUAGCAACGGCGUGAGAGGGGAGUUUGAAAUGAAGUUAAUGCGUUGGGUCGAUGUCGCUGUUCUCGGUGGUCAUGGCUCUGGACAAGCUGCUGCUAAUUGUUCUGAUCAUGAUCCCGCCCCUUUUGGGAAACACAGACAGCAGCGUUACAAAAACGAAAAACAAUCAUACUAAAAAGGGCGUGGAAGAUGAAAAUGACAAUUUAUCACCGGAAACAGAAGAACUAAAAUACCAUGUGAAUAGCGAGCCAAAACAAGGCGAGCCAGUGAUGGGUCAGAAUGGACAGCCUACAUCCAGUGCAGAAGAGAUUGAGAAAAAUCCCAAAAUAUUACCAGAGACAAGUAAUGAUUCAAAACAGAUUUCACAGGAUCAUAAAGAAAUGGUGAAAAGCAAAGAAGCACAGGAGAUUGAAGAGUUAUAUCAGAAUGGUACCAAAAUCCUGAAGCGGUCCAGAGAUAAGAAUUUAAGGAAGGAAGGUUAUAAAUUUCUGGUGAAAGCAGCUGAUCUUGGAAGCACGAAAGCCAUGGAGCGAAUAGCCUAUGCCCUAUUGUUCGGUGACCAAUUGCCCCAGAAUGUAACGGCAGCGAAAGAUCUCUUUGAGGCCUUGGCAGAGAAUGGCUCCCAUAAAGCCCAAACUGCAUUAGGAUUUAUGCAUGCCACUGGUAUUGGUGUGAGCUACAACCAACCUAAGGCCCUAGUGUAUUACACAUUUGCUGCACUGGGUGGAAACUUUGUGGCACAUAUGAUUUUGGGCUACAGAUAUCUUAAUGGUAUUAAUCUUCCACAGCACUGUGAAGCAGCUCUCAUUCAUUACAGAACUGCAGCAAAAUAUGUGGCUGAUAAUGUUGCCCUUAAUGGAGAAAUUCUAACAGAAAAGGUUAGAUUAACAGAAAGGGCAGAAAAUCUCAGCUCCAAUGGUGAAAUUAUGGAUUUAGAUCUGUACCAAUACUACCAAUUUAUAGCAGAAAAAGGAGAUCUGCAGUCACAGAAGGCUUUCUACUACCUAUCAAAAGCUGCGCAAGGUGGUAGCACAAAUGCCUUGGGCUUUUUAGGAAAGAUGUAUUCAGAAGGGAAUGAAGUAGUGCCUCAGAGCAAUGAAACUGCUCUCAUGUAUUUUAGAAUGGCAGCUGAGAGGGGCAACCCUAUUGGUCUAACAGGAUUAGGAUUAGUUUAUCUUUAUGGAAAAGGAGUGCCAGUGGAUUAUGACGAGGCUUUAAAAUAUUUCAAGAAAGCAGCAGAUAAGGGAUGGGUAGAUGGACAGUUUCAACUAGGAGUUAUGUACUACACUGGCUUAGGUGUAAAGAGAGACUAUAAAUUGGCCAUUAAGUAUUUUCAUCAUGCCUCUCAAGCUGGACAUGCCUUGGCCUUGUAUAAUCUAGCUCAGAUGUAUGGAAGUGGAACUGGAGUGGUCAGAUCCUGUCUUACUGCUGCUGAGCUUUACAAGAAUGUUUGUGAAAGAGGUCAAUGGACUGAGAGAUUUUUAGCUGCAUAUUUUGCCUACAAGGAGAAUGAUAUAGAUUCUGCCUUUCUUCAGUAUUUAUUCCUUGCAGAGCAAGGAUAUGAAAUGGCUCAGAGUAACAUAGCCUACAUUCUAGAAUAUGAACGAUCUGCGCUCAUCUCAAAGAUUGAUUGCUAUCAUAUGGCUCUGAUAUACUGGAACCGAGCUGCAGCUCAAGGAUAUUCAUAUGCCAGAAUUAAACUGGGCGAUUAUUACUACUACGGUCAUGGAACAAAAGUGGAUUAUGAAACAGCUGCAAUUCACUAUCGUUUAGCUGCUGAACAGCAACGCAGUGCACAAGCCAUGUUCAACCUCGCAUACAUGUACGAACAUGGACUUGGGACAGAACAGGAUCUCCAUUUAGCCAGACGAUUCUACAAUCUGGCUGCAGAAACGAGCAUAGAUGCAUACAUACCAGUUUUCCUUGCACUUUUCAAGCUGGGAGCCAUAAAUCUCAUCCAUUCAGUUCAGUACACUAAUCUCAGUGAAGUAUGGAAACAAAUGAGCCUGGAUAGAUUGCUGUGGCAUCAUUGGGAUCUCUUUCUAAUCAUGAUUUUGACUUUGCUUCUGGCUGUUUUGAUGGCCUACAGGCAUGGAUAGAACAUAUACUGUGGGAGUUAUAUAAAUCUUGCUACAUUGUUAGCAUCAAGUGUUUUCAUGAAUUUAACUUUUCUGUAACCUAAUAUGUAAUGUCUUUUGUUACAAGUUUCAAUAUAUUGUGACAAAGAAUUUGAAUAUCUGUGCAUAGUUUAUCCUUGGUUGUUCUAAUUACAGGCUAAUUAACACACAUCAGUCCACUCACAAUGCUGCUGCAGCAAGUAGCAGUGAGCAGUGGUUGAGGGUGGAGAGAGGAGUAGGGACUGAAAAUUGAUGAUCCAGUAUUUUCUUCUUUUUCUUUCAACAACCUGGACUACGUUUCUUUCAGGCUUGGUGACUUAUCCACUUUCAAAGAUACAAUAAACCUCUUGAUGUUUUGUCUGUUAUUAUGUUUAACCCAUCCAAUAUUUUAAAC